AUGGCUUCUUCAACACCCAAAACACAACACUCACAUAACAAGAGCUCUUCAGAAUGGACGAGCGAAAUGCGCGAUAAGCAAGCCCGCGGGAAGAACCCCUACGUCGAAGACAGCGACACAAGCGAGUCUGAGCCUCUACGGCUCGGAGGGUAUGCCGUUACGGAAUCACAUACGGAGAGGGAAAGGAGAGGAGAAGCCAUGUUUGUGCUUGACAAUCCAGAAGCACUCAUGGCUCACGCGCAAGCCACCGGCGACAGCAUCGCUGGACAACGCCUUCGGUUUAUGCGUCAACUGUGCGGCUUCGAUAAUGAAAAGCAUGAGGACGCAUCUCCUUCUACGUCUUCAACUCGGAACACGAAACGGCGACACACGAUCGGGCUCAAAAACAUACUGAAGCCCCAAUAG